UUUUGAUCACGACGAGAUGUUCCUGCCACUAGACAGAUGUUUGUGUGUCCGCGCAGCUGAAGCAGAUUUUCACGAACAGGACUUUCAAUCAUGUCAAUCUCUACAGAAUCGAUUGAAAAAAAGUAGAAGGAGGCACAGAUCUAGAAAUAGCAUAUAGACUAUAACUUGUCACCGUUGUACAACUACUUUUCAAGGGAUUACUCGUUCAACCUCAUCUAAUUUGUGGAAGCCGAAUCUAUCACGUAGUUUGCAGAAUCUAUUGUAUCAUCUCUUGUCAGUUUUCCCUGCUGCGGCACAACCUGGAUCCGUUUGUUCUUUAUUCUCUUUUCCUAAUUGUAAUUGGUAUCGAUCUUGGACGAUUCGACGUCGACCACGACCAGCAAAAUGGGUAAGACGAAGCGCACGAAAAAGUUUGCGUUGGUGAAGCGCAUGAUCUCCAAGCAUGACGACAGAACGAAGGCUCCAGAAGUACGGAAACAAGUGCUCGACAAACAGGAAAAGGAGAGCAAGAAGACCAAGGAAGUCGAACAGCUGCACUCCUCCCUUUUUUUCUCGUUUAACGAAAAUCUCGUACCUCCCUACCGGGUUCUGGUCGACACGAACUUCGUGAACUCAGCACUUCAGAACAAGGUGGACCUGUUCAAGGGCAUGAUGGAUUUGCUGCUAGCGAAGUGCAUCCCUUGCGUUACCGACUGCGUGUUGGCAGAACUGGAAAAAAUGGGCUCCAAAUAUCGAAUGGCUUUGCAGCUCGCCCGCGACCCCAGGUACUUACGUUUCUCAAUGGCUUUUCCUACUUCAUAAAAUCAAGUGCUACUUAUUGGAUAAUUUUUCCCACGAUAGCCAUGAUCAUCGUGAGAAAAGAUAUAUAAUUUCACUGGCAUGAUCCACUACAACAGGUUUGAGCGAUUGACCUGCACGCACAAGGGUACCUACGCCGACGACUGCCUCUGUGAGCGCGUGCACAAUCACAAGUGCUACUUGGUUGGAACAAACGAUGCAGACUUGAAAAGGAGAAUACGGAAGAUUCCUGGCGUGCCUAUUUUGCACUGCAAACGCGGUCAGUUUGGUAUUGAGCGCCUUCCGGGCCAUAUCUCUGUCGUACCCAAAACCUCUACAGCAGGAAAGAAAUAA